CCAAGUAAUAUAACUUAGUCCCUAUAACCUAGAACCUCUGAAGAAAUGUAAGAACUCAUUUGAACUUAUUCUUUUAUAUGUCAGCUUAAAAGAUCAUGGGUAAGCAUAAGAGAAAUAAAAAGAAGAAAAAGAGAAAUUCAAGAAAUAAUGCGCAGUACGACCAAGCCUCACCGCACACAGAAGCACGUGGCCCAAACGCAAAGGGUAAAAAGCGUGAGCUUUCUCCGUAUAAUAACGGUCAACCACGUGGAACAGGUAACGACUCAAAUGCACAACGGGGAGAAAUAAAUACUAGACGUUCGGAUGGAACACGUUCAACUUCUCACGAAGAAGGAGGUCCAAAACGUCAAAAGCGUGUUAACGAGAACGAGCAGUCAGCCGAGAGAACCAUCGGUCAGACCUAUAAUGCAGAAACAUCUCAACUUGGCAAUUUCAGUGAUAGUAACCAAGUCAGACUAAACGCAUCUAGAUCCAGUGAAACGUUUGCGAAAUCAUUGCUAACAGCUGGGCAAUACCAGGUACUACAAUUUCUACUGUAUAUAGUUGAACUCAUACAUGGGUCAUGAAUUUAUCGAAUUUCCUUUACGUUCUACAAAUUGUUCUCGAG